AUGCAAGCCCGCAUGAUCUCCUUCGUCCUCGCUGCACUCGCCAGCAUCGCUGUGGCUUCGCCUACGGGCACUGAGAUGGCCAAGCGCGCCACCUGCACUGUCAACAGUGUUUCGAGCGCCAAGUCCCUCAGCAGCUGCACUGACGUUGUCAUUGAGGCGUUCAACGUACCCUCUGGCAACGUACUCACGAUCGCGGCGAAGAAGGGCGCUACCAUCACCAUGAAGGGUUCCGUCAGCUUCUCCAAGACUACCUCCUCGGGCCCGCUCAUCACCAUCGACACCGACGAUGUCACUUUCCAGGGUAACGGCUACAGCUUCAAGGGCAACGGUGACUUGUACUGGGACGGCGAGGGUGCCAACGGCGGUGUCGCCAAGCCGCACCCGUUCGUCAAGUUCCAGGGCUAUGGUACUUUCGAUGACUUCAUCGUCAAGAACUCGCCCGCGCACGCCAUCUCGGUCGGCACGUCCGGUGGCGCCGCCGUCUUCAGCAACGUUCUCGUCGACAAUGUCGACGGUGACAAGAACGAUCUGGGCCACAACACCGACGGCUUCGACGUCUCGGCUGACUCCGUGACGAUCAAGGACUCGACGGUUUACAACCAGGACGACUGCCUCGCCUUCAACUCCGGCAACAACCUCGUGUUCCAGAACAACUACUGCUCCGGCGGCCACGGUAUCUCCAUCGGCUCAAUCUCUGGCUCGAAGACUGUUAAGGGCGUCACGAUCUCGGGUAACACCGUCGUGAAGUCCAUGUACGGUAUGCGCAUCAAGAUCAAGAGCGACGCCACUGGCUCCGUGUCUGACGUGACCUACUCUGGCAACAGCAUUGCCGCUGACCAGAAGUACGGCUUCCUCAUCAGCCAGAGCUACUCUGACGACUUCGGAACCCCCGGCACCAAGAGCACCAUCUCCAACGUCAAGUUCACUGGCAGCAAGACCACCGUCACGACCACCGGCAAGUACCCGCGCGUCGGUGUUGACUGCGGUCACUGCACUGGCACUUGGGACUGGUCUCAGCUCUCCGCGACUGGCGGCGAGUCCUCCAAGAUCGUUCUCGGUGGUGCCAAGAUCUCCGGCGGCUCCUACUAA